CGGACACGUUCACCACCCGCUGACGCCGCCGCCGCCGCCGCCGCUUUGGGCUGCUGCCGCCACAACAACAACAAAACCAUGGCAGAGCUUAAUCGCGCCGCGCUCGAGGCCAUGCGCGACGCAGCGAUGGCCACGGCCCAAGCACAGCUCAAGCUGGCAGCCGCCUGUGCCGCUGCGCUCGGCGAGGACGCGCCCAAGCUCACCAAGGACGGUCGCAAGGCUCGGGGCAAGCGUGAGAAGGAUCCCAAUCGACCAGCCUACGCGGAAACGGCCUACCAAUUAUUUAUGAAGGAGACGCGCGCGACGAACACCACGCUGCCCAAAGGGAAGGAAGCGAUGCGAUUGAUCGGGGAAAUGUGGAGCAAGCUCCCGGAGGCGGAAAAGUCUGCCUACCAGGCGAGGGCAGCGACGUCGAGGGAAAAGUACCAAGCGGCGCUCGCUGAGUAUAACGCCAACAAGAAAGCGGCUGCGAAAGCCGACUCCGCCGCGCCGGCCGCCGAGGGUCCCCCCAAAAAGAAACGUCGCAAGAGCGAAGAUGCAUCCGGUGAGAAAAAGAAGAAAAAGAAGAAGAAGAAGAGCGAUGACAAGGCGUAA